CCCGACCUGGCCAGAGCUAAAAUAAUAAAAUGCUGAGCUCACUGUUCCCCCACCCUCUCCCCCGGCACUGAGCUCCUCCUGCUGCUGGGGCCGUGCUCCAGUAGAACAGCAGACAGACCGACUGACAGAGGGGAGGUGAGAAGGGAGAUAGCUACAAGGACUGGCUCUGUGAAUUGUACACAGUGGGGAGGGGGUGGGGGCCACCAUGUCAUCAUAUCAGAAGGAACUGGAGAAAUACAGAGACAUAGAUGAAGAUGAGAUCCUGAGGACCUUGAGCCCCGAGGAGCUAGAGCAGCUGGACUGCGAGCUACAGGAGAUGGACCCUGAGAACAUGCUCCUGCCAGCUGGGCUAAGACAACGUGACCAGACAAAGAAGAACCCAACAGGGCCACUGGACCGAGAGGCUCUUUUGCAGUACCUGGAGCAGCAGGCACUAGAAGUCAAAGAGCGUGAUGACUUGGUGCCCUUCACAGGCGAAAAGAAGGGGAAACCCUAUAUUCAGCCCAAGAGGGAAAUCCCAGCACAGGAGCAGAUCACCCUGGAGCCUGAGCUGGAGGAGGCCCUGGCCAAUGCCACAGAUGCUGAAAUGUGUGAUAUUGCAGCAAUUCUGGGCAUGUACACACUGAUGAGCAACAAGCAAUACUAUGAUGCUAUCUGCAGUGGAGAAAUCUGCAACACUGAAGGCAUUAGCAGUGUGGUACAGCCUGACAAGUAUAAGCCAGUGCCAGAUGAGCCCCCAAACCCCACAAACAUCGAGGAAAUACUAAAGAGGGUUCGAAGCAAUGAUAAGGAGCUGGAGGAGGUGAACCUCAAUAAUAUACAGGACAUCCCAAUACCCAUGCUAAGUGAGCUGUGUGGGGCAAUGAAGACAAAUACCUACGUCCGGAGCUUCAGUCUGGUGGCCACAAGGAGUGGUGACCCUAUCGCCAAUGCAGUGGCUGACAUGUUGCGUGAGAAUCGUAGUCUCCAGAGCCUGAACAUCGAAUCCAACUUCAUUAGCAGCACAGGGCUCAUGGCUGUGCUGAAGGCAGUUCGGGAAAAUGCCACACUCACUGAGCUCCGUGUAGACAACCAGCGCCAGUGGCCUGGUGAUGCAGUGGAGAUGGAGAUGGCCACCGUGCUAGAGCAGUGUCCCUCCAUCGUCCGCUUUGGCUACCACUUUACACAGCAGGGGCCACGAGCUCGGGCAGCCCAGGCUAUGACCCGGAACAAUGAACUACGUCGCCAGCAAAAGAAGAGAUAACCCUGCCUUUCCCUUUAGCAAUUAGAGCUGAGAGUACUGGAUAUUUAAAUCCUCAUCUAUCCCCCUUUCCUGUAAAUAAAGGCCCUUCUGUCCACUC